AUGAAGGUUACUGAUAUGGAACAAAUUGUUUUGCAGAAACAAUCGGAAUAUCUUAUAUAUUCGCGACAAGAAUCGAGUGACGAAGGACUUGAUAACAGCCGUCAAACUCAAGACGAUGUUUUACAAGAGGUUAGAGAACGAUACACCAGUUUAUACGAAAAGAGUGUUUUCCCCACUUCUGAUAAAACUAUAUUGAAAGAAUCGGAAAUAAAACAAAGAAUAGAAUCUGCAGUAAGUCCUCACCCUAACGAUACGUCUGAAGACAUCAGAUGUGCGAGUUGUUCAGAUCAAACAAGGGUAGAAUGCGUUUCAAGAUUAAAGAAAGCUCAACAUAUCUGUCUGCCGGGCAACUAUUCAAAGAAGAAUAUAAAACUGCUUCGGAAACAGGUUCACCUUUACAAACACCACGCUAUAGUCACAAAUGUAAGUUACAUAACGGAAACAAAAGUGAAGAUGACCAUUAUACAUUUCCAUUCGGGAAGAGACGGAUUGCAUAUUGAAGAGACAACAGACGUGUACGACUUGACAUAUGACGAGAUUUACAUCGUUAACUAUACAGCAACUUCAAUCAAUUCUCCCGACACAGUUAUCGAACGAGCAAAAAGAAUUCUAUCACAAAACAAAAAGGGAAAAUUUGGCAAGUAUGAUGCCUUUUCAUGCAACUGUGAACAUUUUGCCACUUGGUGUGUGAUAGGAAAGGAAGAAUGUUUUCAGACUGAAGAGAUAAUGCAAAAACUCAAAACAGCUAUAUGUUCUGUAUUCGGAAAUGGGAGUUACAUCGCAAAAGUACUGGUAAAGGCGAUAAAUACAUCAGCUGAUGAAAUUGCCUCCACUCUAACAUCAAAGAUUAAUAUUCCUGAGUUUGUUUUGGGUGGUACAGUUGUUCUGUACCUGCUAUAUUGUAUCUUUAAGACAGUACAGUACAUGAGCGAGCACAAGGACAGAACGCUUUGUGCCAGUUGCAAGGGGCGAAAACUUCAAGAACUAUGGCUGGAAUUUGGAGUGUUUUUAGGGACUUCUGCUGUUUCUUACAUCGUACUAAACUUCUUACUGCCUCUUAUGACAACUGCCGUAGGAGUACCUUUCAUGUUCCUGGUUCUUUUGCUAUCACUGGCGCUACAGUUGUCAGUUCCUACCAUACUGAAUGCUUUGCGGAGACCAUUUUCAUGUGAGAAGAAGAUUGUUGAGCGGAUAUCAGAGGUUGAAGUCGGAGAUAUAAUUUCAUUUCCGUAUUACAACUUUUAUCAUGAUAUGGUAGUUACUGAAGUUCAUGAAUGUGCUAAAAACCCAUCGAAAGGAAAAUUGCGUUGUGUGCAUUAUGGUUUGCCUUCUCUUCUCGGAAGACGGGUGGUUAUAGAGGAUUAUUUCGACAUUGACCUUCAAAACACAAUGUAUCUGCUUGACAUGAAACAUCUUAAGACUUAUUCUCAGGAAAAAGUCGUCACACGUGCAAGAAAAAGGCUCGGUGAACGGAAAUGGUCUGCACUAUCAAAUCGGUCCGAUCACAUGUGCUUCUGGGCCAAACUAGACCUACGACCUAUGGAUGUGAUUAAGGUAUGUGACUCCAGGACCAUCAGAGAAUCUAAAUGCAAGGAGGUAAGCACUCUCAUAAUUGACGUACAUCUGAUGCACGAAAUAGAACCAGGAGACGUUGUCAAUUACAAGGGCACGACUGGUAUACUAGUGGACAUGCGAAGUUUGGAUAAAGAUGUAGGGCGUGAAUUCGAAAUGACAUUGGUCGUUUACGACGCAUUUUGGUAUGUCCGUAGAAGGAUGUACAAAGUCGAUUUGAACAAAAGCGGAAUUGUUCUUAGCAUAUACCAUAAAAUUCAUUGUCAUACAAAAGCCAUCCGUGUACAACGGGCUAAACAGAAAGUGGACACAUACGGUAUCCGUUGGACAACGGCAGGCUUCAUAGAAGAUAUAAUUAUGUUACAAACUUAAGUCGUACUAAACUGAGACUGAAUUGAUCAUCAAGUGGUAUAAACAUUUCUUUUCACUUCUAAUGCAAAACUGAAAACCACCGUCCAUGCAAACAAAAAGUGCUAUGUUAUUAUUGAAUAUAGGAGUAUAUGUACAAAUUAAAUCCUACACUAAGACAGUUCUGAUUAAUCAUAAUACAGUUAUUAUAGUGCAUACUAUUUGAUAGCAGUUAUCCAUCACUAAUUUCGGUACCAUAAGCGUUACACAAAGUCACGCAAGAAAAUAAAUUGUAUAUUUCAAUAAAAUUUGAACGUGUAAUGAACGAAUUUUAUAUAUUGCAAUGAAAGAUAUCAGACAAAUUAAUCAAGUCCAUUUACAAGCAAAACAAUGCUUAUCUGUGCAUGAGUUUCAAUCGUUAUUUUUUUCUGUAACGUUGUCGAAAGCAUAAAAUAUGCUGAUUUUCUCUGCAAGACAAUGUGACUGGUACACGAUGGAAGAUAAAUUACCACUUGUUCAAUAGCCAUAGUACCCAUUUACUGAACUUUGGGUUGUAGGUGAGAAAUGCGCGAUUGAAAUGGAUAAGUACAUUUUUCCGUUCAUGACCAUGGUACUGACAAUACAUCUAGGUGUAAGGUAUAAAAUAUACAGUGGGUAUGUUUUUCUGGCCUGGUGCCAGUGGUAUAAUGUACUCCUUUAGUAAAUUCAAAACACAAAUUUAUUUGUUCAUCGAUGUUACUUUUUAUUACCAAUUUUCUAGAAACAGGUAAAAUUUCGUUUGAAAUACCCUCCACUUAUUUAAUCAGUUAAGUAUCAUUUUUUUGAACACAUGCAUAUAGAGACUAAUAGGUUAGUGCCGUAGAUGAGAAAGUUUAUCUGGCGAGGUGAAGGAGGUUAUCGGGUGAGCCGAAGGCGAACCUGA